GCCCUCUUUCGUCCAAGACUUGCGUACAAACAUUGAUUCGGCUGCCGUCGACGUGGAUUGAUCCCCCCAGUGCAGCCCGGCUCCCGGGCCAGGACUUAUCUCGGUCUCGACCACCGGUGAAAUAGAAAACUAGAAGUCGUCCAUAUUUCAACGAAGAAAAAGAAAGAAAAUCGUGAUUUCCGGUUUUUCAGGCGUACCCUAAGCUCAAGGGGAAAAAAGGCUGGCCUGCCUUGCGCAGUGCCGUCCCGUUUGAUCAAUAGUCGCCGAAAUGAUUAUCUUCCAGAGUAUUCAGAAAUGUACGGCGCUUCUUCUGGUCGUAAGCCACUGUAUAGGAGUGAUCAUCGAUGAUGACGCCAACGUGCUUCACAUCGGUGGGAUCUUCCCAAUCGCCGGAAAGGGUGGCUGGCAGGGAGGGCAGGCUUGUGAGCCGGCAGCAAACCUAGCUUUAGAAGAUGUAAAUAAAAACAACGAUCUGCUGAGAGGCUUCACUUUGAAACUGCACUGGAAUGACAGCGAGUGCGAACCGGGCCUUGGCGCUUCAGUGAUGUACAACCUCCUUUACAACAAGCCGCAGAAGCUGAUGCUACUCGCCGGGUGCAGCACGGUCUGCACGACUGUCGCAGAAGCUGCCAAGAUGUGGAAUCUUGUCGUCUUGUGUUACGGUGCGAGUUCGCCUGCGCUAUCGGACCGAGACCGUUUUCCGACUCUGUUCAGGACACAUCCUUCAGCUACGGUUCAUAAUCCGACGAGGAUAAAGCUGAUGGAGAAGUUCGGCUGGUCGCGCGUCGCUAUCCUCCAGCAAGCGGAAGAAGUCUUCAUUUCCACGGUCGAAGACCUGGAAGCGAGAUGUAAGGAAAAAGGGAUCGAAAUCGUAACGAGGCAGAGCUUUUUGAGCGAUCCGAGCGACGCCGUCAGGAAUCUACGGAGACAGGACGCACGCAUAAUCGUCGGACUUUUCUACGUCGUCGCCGCAAGGAAAGUACUGUGCGAAAUGUACCAUCAAGAACUUUACGGAAAAUCCUACGUUUGGUUUUUCAUCGGCUGGUACGAAGAUAAUUGGUUCGAGGUCAAUCUUGAAAAAGAAGGCAUCACUUGUACCAAGGAACAGAUGAGAACCGCAGCUGAAGGUCAUAUUACAACUGAAGCCUUGAUGUGGAAUCAGAAUAAGCAGAAGACCAUAUCAGGGAUGACGACGGAAGAAUUCAGAGUCAGGCUGAACGCUGUGUUAAAAAGUGCCAAUUAUGACAUUGAUAACAUGAGGUAUCCUGAGGGAUACCAGGAAGCUCCUCUUGCCUACGACGCCGUCUGGUCAGUCGCCUUAGCUUUCAACAAGACGAUGGAGAGACUUCACAGGCACGGGAAAACGCUAAAAAACUUUACAUACACGGAUAAGGAGAUAGCGGACGAAAUAUACUCGGCAAUCAAUUCCACGCAGUUUUUAGGCGUUUCGGGGGUUGUCGCAUUCAGCUCUCAGGGCGACAGGAUCGCCUUGACGCAGAUAGAACAAGUCAUAGAUGGAAAUUAUGUCAAACUCGGGUAUUACGAUACGCAGGCUGAUAAUUUGACAUGGUUCAAUAAAGAAAGAUGGAGCGGUGGAAAAAUACCUCAGGAUAGGACCAUAGUGAGAACAGUUUUGAGGACAUUAUCCCUUCCUUUGCUUAUUUGCAUGUGGACCGUGUCAAGUAUUGGUAUAGUCGGUGCGAUCAUUUUGAUCUCUUUCAACGUUGUUUAUAGAUAUAGAAGAGUCAUUAUGUCAUCGCAUCCAGUCUGCAACACAAUCAUGUUAGUCGGCGUCAUCAUCUGUCUGUCGAGCGUUUACCUACUAGGGCUCGACGGCCAGUUUGUCUCACCCGAAGUUUACCCUAUAAUCUGCCAGGCCAGAGUGUGGCUUCUGUCCAUCGGCUUCACCCUCGGUUAUGGCGCGAUGUUCAGCAAAGUUUGGCGGGUGCACAGGCUCACGACGAAAGCCAAGUCCGAGACAGUGAAAAAGGUCCAACCUUGGAAGCUAUACACGAUGGUGGCCGGUCUUCUCGCCGUCGAUUUCUUCAUUCUAUUCUUCUGGCAGCUGUACGACCCACUUCAAAGGACAAUAGAGAUAUUCCCCCUCGAGCUUCCAGCCUCGAUGGACGACGACAUCAAGAUCAGACCGGAGCUGGAACACUGCGAAAGCGCCAACAAUAACGUUUGGCUCGGGCUGAUGUACGGUUACAAAGGGCUCGUGCUCGUCUUCGGCCUCUUCCUCGCUUAUGAGACUCGAAGCAUAAAAGUGAAGCAGAUCAACGACUCCCGCUACGUCGGCAUGUCUAUUUACAACGUCGUCGUCCUCUGCCUCAUCACAGCUCCGGUCACAAUGGUCAUAGCUUCACAACAAGACGCAAGUUUCACUUUCGUCUCACUCGCUUUGAUAUUCUGCUGCUUCUUGUCCAUGGCUUUAAUCUUCGUACCUAAGGUGAUAGAGGUGAUCAGGCAUCCUAGGGACAAAGCUGAAUCCAAAUACAACCCGGACGUCGGCGUGUCCAAGGAGGACGAAGACAGGUAUCAGAAACUGCUCGCUGAGAACGAAGAACUGCAGAAACUCAUAAGUGCCAAAGAGGAGAGGAUACGCCUUCUUAAGCAAAGGCUGGCCGAGAGAGACGCCCUGAAAGGAGGAGACGGGAAGACAGGGAUCGGGACCGACCAGACAAACUUGCUCACGGUAAACAAAGAUAUCAUCGUUGCCGACUACAUAACUGGAGAAGGAACUUCGGAUUCCGCUUACGGAGCCGGGGUCUCAAUUUAUACCCGUUCCUCCCGGGCGAGCGCUUCCGAUUUAGAAUUCUCCGACUCGUUAUGGCUUUGAAGUUAUGUUGCUAUAGUGUUUGUAGUUUUUUAUUUACCAGGAGCUUAAAAUAUCUUAGAUUAGAUUUCUUUUGUAGUGUUUUUGUUUUGUUGGAUCGAUUUUGUUCUAGAGCUUCUUGUUGUAAUUGUAUAUUUUCAGGCCCCUUGGUAGAUUUCCAAUUGAAUCUUUCUUUGUUUCGCCAGUUUAUUUCAGAUUGUUAAGUUUCGAACGUCCGGCUUGUACGUGUCAUUUCCACCCUAUUUUUUAUGUUGUAUUUCUGAAUAAAAUUAAGACUUCGUAUAUUAUGCCAUAUGCUGGUUUAUUCUUUAUCAACAGCCCUAAUAGGUUUUUGCUCAAACAUUUGUUUAUAUUUGAUUUAUGUACAAUGAUUAGUUUUGCCCCCAUGGAACAUUUGUUGAUGUUGCACAUUGUGUGUAUUUAAAUACGCGCUAGGAACAUCUUUCAUCGCCAAUUUAAGCUUUUUUUAUCACUUUCUUUUUACGUGGAAAGUAUUUGACUAUUGUUAUUCUGUAUAAAACAUCAGAUUUGAACAUUUAACAUGCAUUUGAACGUGCAUUUGAACAUUUACAGGGUCUUGUCGACAUCAGUUGAAUCAACAUGUGCUAUUUUUUCCCCAAUCAUUUAGGCCUGGUUGAAAAUAUUAAUUAUUUCUUAUUUCUUUUUGUAUUGAAUGUCUUUAGAUUCUACGUACCUUUUCAUACAUGGCAGACUCAUUUUCGAUAUCAGUUUAUGCUUCUCGAAUUUUUUGUACAAUCAUGCCUUUUAGAAAACUUUAUUGUUGAUGUAGAAUUACUUUUUAGAUAGAUGUACUUUUUGGAAGGGUUCGCCGGUUUUUAACGAGACAAAUGGUCUUUACUUAAACAUUUCGUUUGUGCUUGAUAUGAUUUUGACUAUUUAUUUAUUUUUAUUUUUUUGACUGGGGCUUCCGACAUCUAGGUCAU